AUGACCUUCUCCAAGCUCGUGGACAGCGUGAACAGCACGGGUCCCUUCCAGUUCUUCAUCAUGGUCCUGCUAGGCCUCCCGAUUCUCGGCAUGGCCAACCACAACCUGCUCCAGAUCUUCACAGCCUCCACCCCCUCCCACCACUGCCGCCCACCCCCCAACGCCUCCGCGGGGCUCUGGCUGCUCCCCGUGGGCCCGAACGGGAAGCCUGAGCCUUGCCUGCGCUUCGUAUACCCACCCAACGCCAGCCUGCUCAACGACACCCAGGGGGCCACCGAACCGUGCCUGGAUGGCUGGGCUUACAACAUCAGCACCAGGGACUCCAUUGUGACUGAGUGGGACCUUGUGUGCGACUCUAACAAGCUGAAGGAGAUGGCCCAGUCUGUGUUCAUGGCAGGCACGCUGAUCGGCGGGAUUGUGCUGGGGGGCCUGUCUGACAGGUUUGGCCGAAAGCCCAUCCUGUCCUGCAGCUACCUGCUGCUGGCCGCCAGCGGCUCAGGCGCAGCCUUCAGCCCCACCUUGGCCAUCUACAUGGUCUUGCGCUUCCUGUGUGGCUUCAGCAUAGCAGGUGUCACCCUGAGCACCGUGAUCCUGAAUGUUGAAUGGAUGUCCACCCAGCUGCGGGCCAUCAUGACGGUUGGGCUCGGCUACUUCUACACUUUUGGCCAGUUCAUUCUGCCCGGCCUGGCCUACAUCAUCCCCCAGUGGCGCUGGCUACAGUUAACCGUGUCCGUUCCCUUCUUCGCCUUCUUCCUGUUGUCCUGGUGGAUACCAGAGUCCAUACGCUGGAUGGUCCUGUCUGGAAAGUCCUUGAAGGCCCUGAAGAUCCUCCGGUGGGUGGCUGCCUUCAACGGCAAGAAGGAGGAGGGAGAAAAGCUCAGCCUGGAGGAGCUCAAACUCGACCUGCAGAAGGAGAUCUCUUUGGCCAAGGCCAAGUACAGCAUAGCUGACCUGUUCCGGACACCCAUCCUGCGCCGUGUGACCUUCUGCCUUUCCCUGGCCUGGUUUUCCACCGGCUUUGCCUACUACAGUUUGGCUAUGGGUGUGGAAGAGUUUGGAGUCAACCUCUACCUCCUCCAGGUCAUCUUCGGUGGGGUCGACAUCCCAGCCAAGUUCCUCACCAUCUUGUCCAUGAGCUAUCUGGGCCGGCACACCACCGAGGUUGCUGCCCUCCUCCUGGCAGGGGGGGCCAUCCUGGCUCUCAUCUUUGUGCCCUCAGACUUGCAGAUCCUGAGGACAGUGCUGGCUGUGUUCGGGAAGGGAUGCCUGUCCAGCUCCUUCAGCUGCCUCUUCCUCUAUACGAGCGAGCUAUACCCCACAGUCAUCCGGCAAACAGGUAUGGGCAUAAGUAACGUGUUGACUCGCAUGGGAAGCAUGACGGCCCCGCUGGUGAGAAUCACGGGGGAGUUGCAUCCCUUCAUCCCCAAUCUCAUUUUUGGAACCAUCACCCUCCUGGGAAGCGGUGCUUCGCUCUUCCUGCCUGAGACCCUCAAUCAACCCUUGCCAGAGACUAUCGAAGACGUGGAAAAAUGGUCUCCACGGACAAAGGAGCCAAAGCAGGAGCCAGAUGCAGAAAAAGAUGCCCAGGGGAUCCCUCUGCAGCCUUGUGGACCAGGCCUAGGCCCCAGCUGA